AUGGUGGAGCCACAGCCGACCAACAUUACAGAGGCGUUGGUGCAGAUCCUGAACAAUCAGCAGGCAUUGAUGCGGCAAAUCUACCAGCAGUUGGCCACUACUCAGCUCGCCGUGAAAAACCUAUCCCGCGACGAAUCGGUGCUGGACUCCCUCUCUAGCAACAUGGCGGAGUUCGUCUACGACAAAGACAAUGGGCACACAUUUGACGCAUGGUUUUCCCGCUACGUCGACCUUUUCGACAAAGAUGCCGGCAAGCUGGAUGACGCUGCAAAAGUACGACUACUCCUGCGGAAAUUAAGCCCACCCGAGCAUGAGCGGUACAACAGCUUCAUUCUUCCGAAGCUCACUCGAGAGUUUACUUUUGCUGCUACGGUGGAAAAAUUAAAAUCGUUGUUCGGUGCCACAGUUUCAACGUUCCAGCGGCGAUACAACUGCUUGCAGACCACCAAGGAGGACAGCGAUGAUUACCUGGCCUACUCCUGCAAGGUAAACAAAACCUGCGUCGACUUCAAAUUAUCGGAGUUGACAGAGGAACAGUUUAAGUGCCUCAUUUACGGCCUUAAAUCCAAGCAAGAGGCGGAGAUUCGGAUGCGCCUCAUCAACAAGCUAAAUGAAUCGGUGGACCUGACCCUACAGCAGAUUGUGGAACAGUGUAACAGCUUGGUCAACCUGAAGCAGGACACAGUGAUGGUUGAAAGUUGUUCUUCAACGGUGAAAGCUGUCGCGUACCCCAAGCGAACAACGUCGAAGCGUCAGUCGCCUUCGGAUUGCAGCAACAACCGGGAACAACCCAAGACACCCUGCUGGUCAUGCGGGGGCAUGCACUAUAAUAAGGAUUGCCGGUUUAGAGAUCACAGGUGCAACGAAUGUGGAAAGUACGGGCACCGUGAGGGCUAUUGUGCCUGCUUCUCGUCGAAAUCAUCGAACAACGCUGUCAAUCGCUCGGAUAACAAGAAGAAAAGGCGACAGCCGUUGUCGAAGAUAGUAACCGUCCGAAGCAUCGGUCAGCGGCGCAAAUUCGUCGAAAUCCAACUCAACAACGUUCCGCUUCGUCUUCAGUUGGACACCAGUUCCGACAUCUCAAUAAUUUCGCACCGAUCGUGGGCCAGAAUCGGUCGACCAAAAGUAAAACCAGCAAUUUGCAGCGCUAAAACAGCAUCAGGGGAACCGCUUGAACUGGUUGCGGAAUUGGAGUGCAAUAUAAACCUCAACGGCAUCAUACGGGAGGGCAUAGACUGGAUGGACUUGUUCGGAUUGUGGGACCACCCGAUAGCGUCGUACUGCAAUCAAGUGACUACACAAGCAAAUCAACGUGUAGCGACCCUUCAAGCGCAGUUUCCUGAGGUGUUCUCCAGUGAGAUAGGUCUGUGCAACAAGACUCCCGUCAAACUGGUCCUCAAAGGUAACCCCAAGCCGGUGUUCAGACCAAAACGACCGGUGGCUUACUCCAUGGAGCAUGUUGUGGAGGUGGAGAUUUUUCGCCUGCAAAACCUUGGCAUCCCGAUGAAAGUGGAUUUCAGCGACUGGGCGGCACCGAUUGUCGCGGUUCGGAAGCCAAAUGGAACCGUCCGUAUCUGCGCCGACUUUUCGACUGGUCUAAAUAGCGUUCUGGAACCAAACCAGUAUCCAUUGCCUUUGCCCGAGGAUAUUUUUGCGAAGAUGGCAAACUGUCGGAUUUGCAGUCACAUUGACUUGUCCGACGCGUACCUGCAGGUAGAGGUGGAUCAAGCCAGUCAACCGCUACUAACCAUAAACACCCACAAAGGCCUCUUUCAAGUUACGCGCUUGUCACCCGGUAUCAAGUCAGCUCCGGGUGCCUUUCAACAGCUGAUGGACACAAUGCUAGCUGGUCUCAACUGUACUCUAACUCUCGCGCGGCUCAAGGAGUAUGGGUUCACCGUACGCAUCGAAAAGUGUAGCUUCGGCAUGCAGCAGGUCAAGUAUCUGGGACAAAUCCUGGAUGGCAACGGAAUCAGGCCGGAUCCCGAGAAAAUUGCUUCGAUCGUCAGCAUGCCUCCACCACACGAUGUUUCAACGCUUCGCUCCUACUUGGGUGCCGUAAACUAUUACGGCAAAUACGUCAAAGAGAUGCGCACUCUACGACAUCCAAUGGAUCAGCUGCUGAAGGCUGGAGUAAAAUUCGAAUGGUCACCGGCGUGUCAAGCAUCGUUCGAUCGUUUUCGAGAGAUUCUUCAGUCACCGUUACUGCUGACCCACUACAAUCCCAUGUUAGACAUCAUUGUUUCGGCGGACGCAUCUGCAUUGGGACUGGGAGCACGAAUCGCUCACCAGCUUCCCGACGGGACUAUUAAAGCCAUUUGUCACGUGUCCCGUAGUUUAACGACAGCCGAAACCAACUACAGUCAGAUCGAGAAGGAAGGAUUGGCUAUCGUAUUCGCUGAAGCGCAGUACAACACCUUGAGUCCGGACACUCCCACCCGGUUGAGUAGGUACGGUGCUCACGCCACUAUGGAUAUCUACAUCAGCAACAUGGGCAACUACAAGGAUGGAGCCUUGUAG